UUUCGUCAACAACCAACAGUUCAGUCACAAAGCAACAGUAAACAAGUUCGGACGGAAAAAUAGGAUUUUAGUUUUGAGAAUCAGAAACAUUAAGACAGUCCUCUCUUCUAGACUCUGUGUAUAAGUAGAACACUUCACAGGAGGUGUAGGUCCAAUGGAAGAGGAAACAUAAUUUGUUCGAGGUGUGAAACAGACAAAACAUGAAAUUUUGACGAUUAUCGAAGAAGCAAGGAAGUGGAAAGGAUAUUUUUGAAAGCGGUGACAAUGUGUGACUUAGUAAAGUGUUUUCAUCCACAAUUGGUGCAACCUCGGUCUCCAGCCAACACUUAGCCGCUGGACUGAAAAAUCGCGUCCAACUUCCGGAAGUUGUUGAUCGCAGAUCCUGGUGAAACAUUGAGUUUCGGAAAGUUUGAUCUUACGAGUGCUAGUGAGUGAAAAUGGUUUGAAAUUUUUCCAAACUCGUGAAAUUCGAUUUAUUUUAUCGAAAGGAUUUCGUCCUUACAGAGUGGACGAAUUUGAACAAAUGUGGAAAUCUCGCCAAUCCCAAUCACAACAACUAUUGGCUAAGUGAAUGAAAAACUAAAUUUUCCUUGGUCUCAGCUGAGCAUGGCAAACAAGUAGAGCAAAAAAUACGUAGCGCCUAACGAGAAACUCCACGCAGAUAGUGUAAACAGAUACGCACAUUUUUUUUCGAUAGAAGACUUUUGCGAUUUUUGCUCCAAGUGAUGUUGGUACAAUAAAGAAAGUGUCGGUUCAUUAGGAAUUCUGAAUCUGGAACAUGAUUGUUAAUUGGCAUCGGUGGAAAUUGUUAUAGGUGUUUUGAAGUUCCUAGCGAGCUUUCGAGGAAGAAGUAAGAAAAUUUGCAAUAAAUCGGAAGAGCUAAGUGAAAUGCAACGACCUUAAAGUUUACACAAGUGAGGCACGGGAUGACAGGCAAAAGCUGUCAGUGAGCGAAGGAAGCGCGUAAAUUAAAACGAAUGAUAAGAAAUUAAAUCAUUUUUGUGCUGAAUAAACAACUUUAGUUUUUGCCAUCAAAGAGCGAAACAAAAAAUUGCUGCCCACCCCAAGAAGAAGCAAUCAAAGAAGAAAAAAAAAACACAAAAAACCGCCCGCAUAAAAGGUGGAGAAUUAAAUCGUGUAAUAACAAGGUGGCCGGCAGAGAAGUAUAUAAUCUAAUGUCAUUGGACUUGUAAAUCAAAUUAUUUACGUUUGUAUUUACGAAUCUGGUGCUGACCGUAUUCUCGCCUCUCGAAAUAAAAGAAGAAGAAUACAGAAAUACACACAACCGAGAAUAUAGCGAAAAAGUGAAUGCAACGCAAGUGAUUGUGUUUAUGAGAAGUGCAGCUGCAGGCAAGCGAGCGAGUGUGUUGAUAAGUGUCUAAAAAAAGAUUUUUUUGCUCUCGCCUAUCCUCCCUCUCACAACUUACCGUGCACAUUAAGAGCAGAGCGCAACCCAAAAAAAAAAGGUGCAAAUGCAGGGGGAAGGAAGAUUCGUGCUGAAAAAUUUGAAAUAUUCCCAAAACACGUAAAUUCCGCUGACGCGUUCGUGAGACAAACGACCGACGACCCCAGUCGCGCGGUUGAUGUCAAAAAGAAAAAUUAUCCCAGCAAGUGAGUGAGUGAACAAGUGGAAAACGGAAGCAAUUUUCGAAACAAGUGAAAAAGUCGCGAAGAAUUGCACCAAAUAUGGUCCCGCAGCAUAAUCACGACCUGCAGCUGAUAGUGGCCCAAAGCGAGAUGAUGGAUAGCGGUACGAUUCAGAUUCCGAUUGCCAGCAACAACAACAAUUCCGGGGUACCAGCGUUGGCCUCGCUGCUGGUGGACACGGCAGGACUUGAGCAAUCGAUAGUGAACGGUCAAACGGUGACGAUGGUUCAGCAACAGCAGCAGCAGCAGCACCAGAUGAUCCCACCGGUGAUGUUUGGGUCCCAAAUGGUGGACAAGAACUCCAGCACACCCUACACCGAUGCAACACAGACGAAAAAGCACAGCCCCGGUCACAUCAAACGUCCGAUGAACCCGUUCAUGGUGUGGAGCCAGAUCGAGCGGCGCAAGAUCUGCGAGGUCACCCCGGACAUGCACAAUGCCGUCAUCAGCAAGAACCUGGGCGCCCGCUGGAAGAACCUCGCCGACUCCGAACGGCAGCCCUUCAUCGAUGAGGCGGAACGGCUCCGGAAGCUGCACACCCAAGAGUACCCCAACUACAAAUACCGUCCAAAGAAGAAACAGGUCAAGGGAACGGCCGCCAACAGUAAGAGCAACAACAACAACAGCAACAGCAGUAGCAGCAGUAGUAGCAACGGUUCUUCGUCAGCAUCGUCCUCGCCUGCAUCGUCCACAUCAUCGCGAGAUAGCUGCGGCAGCUCGACGUCCUCCUCGUCCUCCUCGUCGUCAUCGUCCGGCAAGUCCAGACCGACCCGGCGAAGCAACGGUAAGGUCAGCAAGAACGACAGCAAUAACAACAACAACAGCAGUAGUGGUGGCAACUUGAAGUCCAAAAAGGCGCUGAUCCGGGCGGGGAUGACCGAUAACUUGGACGAGAUGUAUUUCAGUCCACCGGUGCCGCCAAAACAUUUGUCACCAAACUCACCGGAAGGAGCAUUUUACGACGAUCGGUCUAUGAUCUCACCGGUGCCGACCUUCCCGAACGGAAUGAACCAGGAAACGGAAAAUAAUCUUUUUGUAUCGAGUUUGGAGGAUUUUUCGACGGACGAGUGCAGCCGGGGAUUCGGAACGCAGGGUUUGUUCGAUACGGACGAGGAUAACAAGACGAUGAUUUUGAACAACAACGUGGACUCGAAGGGGUAUAUGUAUACGAAUGGGACGAUGGACGCAAUGGACCAGAACGGAUUGGUGAACGGGGGAAGUCAAAUGAAUGUUGACAUUAAGCGGGAAACGUAUUAUGAGGAGGACGAUAGGUUUCCGAUCGACGAUCCAUGUCUUACCAUGAAUAUGAGGGACGAGAAUCCUUACGGUGGCAGUCAUAGCGAACAGGUUACCAGUCCAAGCCCAGUGAGCGUAAGCUCGAUGAAUGACGUUGCCACGUAUGUGAAUGGCAUGUUUACGAUCACCCCACCGAGCAGCGGAGCCAACGGUAACCCCACCCUAGCAAGCUUUAGUGAACUCUCCAGUAGUUGUCAGUCACACACGUUGCUACUGUCCUCGCUCGAUUUAACCCUCAACGGCCUGAACUCGCUCAACUCGGUUAAUCCGCUUUCCGACAGCCGCCUAAUGCAGCAAUCCCACCCGCUCAAUAACAUUUCGUCCAACUGCCAAUCUUCGUCGACGCAGGCCGCUCUGAUAGCGAGUAGCUGCGCCAACUCCAGCAUCAACAGCAUCACGACGACGUCCAACUGCACCGGGAUGGUUCUGAGCCAUUGUGGCACCAACGGACUCAUCAGCAGUCCGGCGAUCGCCCUCAGUCAGCAGUCGCACAUCAGCAACCACCAGAUGGUGCAGAUGAAUUUCGACAUGGUUCCCGAGGAUCUGAACGACAUCCGGUUUGACGGUCUGGAAACGGCUUCGUCGUCCAGCGGAUCGCACCUGGAGUUCACCACGGCCGACGUAUCGCAGCUGCUGGACCUCAACAUGCAGUACAACCUGAACUAGAAAGAGAGAGCGAGAGAGAGAGAGAGAGAGAGAGAGAGAGAGAGAGUCGGAGCGAGAGCAUCUGCGACGGAUGAAGAGAGAAAGAGAAAGGAACAUCGAUUUGAGAAAACCAAAAAAUUAAGUGCUUUAUUGUGAGAGAGAGAGAGAGAGAUAGAGCGCGUGAAAAAAGCGAGAGUGAGAGAGAUAUAGCGAGUGGUAGCGAGAGGAUGUUUGUUUUAAUCGUAAGAGAAAAAAAAUAACGAGAGUAAGUUUUAAAGUGGGAGAUAAAUCGGAAAACAAAUUAAAAAGUGUUGUGAUGAAGGAAGAAAGGAAACUUUUUAUUUUCAUUUCUGAUGGAAGUUGAAGUAGGAAAACAGGGAAACACCAAUGCGGCUUUUAAUUAAUUGAGAAGUUAGGCGUGGAAAAUGAAUACGAAGGAAAGGAGAAGAAAUGGAAGGAGCUUUCUGUCAGGACAACAAAAAGGCGAGUAAAUUGAAAUUGGAAAUAUUUGGUUCUCGCAAAACAACAAAAAAACAAACAAAAAAUCUGCGGUCAAGUUUCCGAAGGACACCCGCGAUGGAGAACGGAAAAAAAAUGUCCCGAAAAGUUUAGCAAGUCACCACUUUCCCGCUUUUAAUUGAUGACUGCAAUGAAAUUGGUUUCCUCUUCUUCCGGUCCGUCGUUGGGUGUUUUUUUUUCGGAAAAGUUUUCGAUCCUUUUCCCGGGAUGCGGUCAAUGGACCACCGUUUGGGUUGAGAAACAGGGUGAAGAUAAUGUUUUCGGGUAAGGUCAUUGUCCCUAAUGUCGGCCUAAGUGUCUGUAAUAUUUCGAAGGAAUGUAUUGUUUGAUUAUGUUUCACUAGCAUCGAAAAAUAUCCAUAUGACGAAUUGCCCCAAUCUUCAGAUCCGUGCACAACAAUAGAGCCAUUUCCCCUAUUUCCCAUUUAGUCAUUACAGUAAUAGCCUCUUUGCUGGCGGGGAGAGCUUCAAGAUAUUCCUUGUUGAUAUUCCUUCGAAGUUGUGUAAUUUCGUAACGCAAUUUGAGAUCGGAGCAUUUCAAGUCUGUCCGAAUUGCUCUCGAAAACAUUAUCCAGCCCAGGGAAAUGAUUGCUUAAGCAAAACAUACAAACCAGAGCGCCUAAAAGUUUUUUCUUCCGGGAGGAAAUUGAUCAACUGUUAUUAAAAUUUUCCUCAGUGAACCUUGAGGAAUGCUGUUGUUUUUCAAUUUCAACCCGGAGAGGGAUGGUGGAAAUAAAAUCGGGCACAUUGCAGAACCCCGAACGAAUCAAACGAUUCACAUCUGCUGGCAAUAAAGCGGAAUCAAUGACGUGGAAAAAAGUUCCGACGAGUUCGUCAGAAGUCCAGAAGUCGUCGCUCAACGAUGCCUCCCCGUUCUUCUUUUUUGACUGAAUGAUGAAAAGACCGAAUUAUGAUUAUUGAAUGAUUUUCUGUUUUCUCCUAUUCGUUCGCUCUCGCACUCACUCACUCCAAAUCAAAUCGAGUCGACCCGCCUGUUGCCGGAGUCUGCGGAAACGGUUGAUUUAUAUUUCGCUGCAUAAAUCAUGAAUCAUAAUCUUAUUAUACAGAAAGUUUAAACCACUUCGGCUCGCAGCUCGAAUUUGAAGGGGGUUUGCAAGCGAAUCCUUCUUGUUCUGAUUUUGAGUGCGAUGGUAGCGAUGGAAGACGCAAAGACAUACGCGGAACUAUGCCCUUGCCAUUACCGACUAUCACUUUCUGGAUGCAGUUCAGCUUGACUUGGGUGAACUUUGGCAUCGUUCCGUGCUGAGCAUAGUCUUGAUUCCAGCCCUGCAGCAAAGAAUGCAAUAAGGAUCAAGCUCUUCAACUGCUGGUUGGAGUCUGAUUGCUCAUUUGCUUGCUAAAAAAACUUAUAACGAGUAUGCUUUCGUCUACUUUUAUACGGAUGAAGAUUUGUAAGUUGGGAAUGCUCAAGGAACAGGAAGAAUUUUCCAUGGGGUGGUGCUUGGAUUUCAACUGAAUUCUAACGGGGUACAUACUUGCCUUCCCCGAGAAGUCCUGAAUUCAACUAGCAGUGAUCGAAACUAAUUAUCAAAACUAAGCUUGUAACAUUUCCCAGCAGUAGGCAGAGAAAAUAAAUGCCCUGCAGGCAGAGAUGUUUUUAUUUGACGAGGCUUUAACAUUGCUCAAAUUAAAUUGAAUCAUAUUCCAACCUCAUUCAAUCCAUUCUCAUCAUUGCGGUGACUUCCAAUGAUGUUAGUUUCCCAUGAAAGCUUUCGUACUAUAUUGAUUGAAAUAUUUCAGCAACUACCACCAGCUAUGUCAGAUUGUUUCCAAGCUUUUCGGCAUUUUUGAAGACGAAAAACACAAUAUUUUGGACUAAAAACGGCAAAUUUACUCUCCAGGAUCAAUUAGAAGAAAUUUUCGGGGAAUGUUUGAAUUAUCUUCUGAAGGAAACCGAACAAAUAUCCAAAGAACGAAUAAAGAAACUCUUCUGGAGGAAGUUUGAGGAAAGUUCUGAUCACUGGGACAACUGGUAGAAUUCCAAGACAAAUGUUGAGAAGCUUGUGCCGAAAAUUUAAAACAACUUUCGGAAAAACUCGGAUGACACAUCCAGAGGCAGCCGGAAAACUUACGGAAAUCGGAAGUGAAUUCCAGGAGUAGCCAUUUCCAGGGGAAGCCAAAGGAAGCUCGGAAGAACCUUUCAAUAGAAUUGAAAAAAAAAACUGCAGAACGGCUUAUGGAGAAACAUCCAGAGGAAGAGAAAAGAAACUUCUGCGAGAAUUCGAUGGACACAUCCGGUAGAAGUUAAAUUGAACUUUCUGGAGAAGCUGGAAGAAAAUUCCUAACCUAUAUUGGAAGAAACUUCUGCAGAAAGUUGGAAGCCAUAGGGCUUACGGAACAGUCGAAAGGAACUUCAAGGAGAAGUUGGGGAAAAAUUCCGGAGAAUUUUUGGGGGAUGUUACCAUAAUAUUUCCUGAAGUCCUUUACAUGUUCCAAUGAUCCAGCAUUUUUUCUGAUAUUCAGGAAACAUUCCUCAAGACCUCGCAAUGGCCCUGAAGUUAUCGGAACAUUCCUAAAAUGCACUUGUGAAUAUCCCAUAAUUUCUCAGAGCUCCUUGGAAGUUCAUGCUAUUUUCCUGAAGAUAAUACAAUUUAUUGAAACAAAUGGAACAUAUAGAUACAUCCGGUAGAAGUUAAAUUGAACUUCCUGGUGAAGAUGGAAUAUACUUCAUGGAGAUGUUGGGGGGGAAAUCCGGCGAAAUAGAUUUCUGGGGGAUGUUAGCACAAUAUUCCCUGAACUUCCAUACAUGUUCCAAUGAUCCAGCAUUUUUUUCUGAUAUUAAAAAAACAUCCCUUAUGAAUUCUUGAAAGUUCAUGCUAUUUUCCUAAUUUUCUUGAAAUUAAUGAAACAUCAGCGUUGAAGUUCUCAGAACUUCCCGCAUUUUUUUUAUUAUAGAAGUUUUGGAAGCUGCUAUCAAAUAGCAAGGAACUUUCCUUAAAAUGUUCUCAUUUUUUUAAAGUUUUUGUUUCCAAAAAUUUAAUGAACCUCCCGGAUUUUUUUGGGGGUUUUAAGAAAUUCCGCGAGUUUUUCGGAACUCCUCUAAAAUAUCAGCAGUUCUCUCAAUUCUCCUGAAACAAAUGGCACUGUCAAGCCUUUAAAUUUUCCUCAAAUUCUGUGGACUUGUGAAGUUUCCAAAAUAUUUCUGAUAUUUUCUAAGUUCACUGCAGUUCUCUGGACUUUCCUAAAUUUCCCGGCUUCUCGCAUUUCAACAGAAGUUAAUGAAACUGGCUUUGAUUUAUCGGAACUAACCCAAAAGCCUAGACUUUUCUGAAGUUGCAGAACUUUUUAAAAGUUUCUGCAGAUGUCCUAAAGCUAGUGAAUUUACUGGUGGAAAUUCUGGAAUCAUUCCUGAAAUUCCACGGAAGUUGAAAAAAAAACUGAAGCUUCCAAGGGAAGACAUUUACAUGGGUAAAAUUGGAAGAAACUCCCAAGGAAAGGUUGAAUAAACUUCAGGAAGUUAAACAUUUGAUCAUUUGGACCCACCCAGAACUUACCAGGAUGAGUAAUCGGCUGGUUGUUGAUUCUUUCGUGGCCGAAAGUCGAUUAUUUCGUAGUCGAAAGACAUUGUUGUUGCUAAUGGGGAUGCCAAGGAUGCCUCGCCCUCUCCAGAAUGAUCCAGGAUCCCUCCAGAUUUUUUCGGAGAUUCUAAUGCCGACAAUUUAAAUUACAUAAAUCUUCAAAAAUUCUGGAGGUGGCUUUGAUCAUUCUGGAGGGGGCCAGGCACCCAAGGCCAUGUCGAAAGAGUGUCAAGCAUAAGAUAAAUAAUUUUUGGAGCAACAACAAUUUUUAGAUAUUCAAAAAGAUACAAGUCUUUUACAAUAGUUUCCUCUGACAGUGGGCAGGCAAUACUUAUGUUUUAUAUUGAAUUUUUUUUAGCGUUAAUCGGAUAAAAUCUCAAAAAAUUGUUUUCUGAUAAACGUUAUCGGUUUAUCGGUAUCAAGUUCGAAAAUUGCUGGCAAUGCUGACUGUCACGGAAUGAAAUGCAAAUUGGCUUCUUAAAGAUGCGUGAUUUGCAGAGAAUAUGAUUUAUACUUAUCUACACGCUAAGAUCAGAUAAGCCAUAUAAAGAUUAAUUUUACUCUGAAUUGACAGUAUGGUUGAAUGGCAAAUGGCAAAUGGCUCCGAUUUGGAAAUUUGCCAUGGCCGUGACAGAGACGACAGGAAGAGUUUUUUGUAGCCGAGUUAUUUACGAAAGCGAGAGUUGAUGAAGAGAAUCUAGGAGAAAUGGAUGUAAUGUCGGCCUAAAUGCCUUUAAUUUGGGCCCAUACAUAAAUUUGACAGCAAUCGACUAAAUUUUCAAUAGCGACCAAAAAUAUCCAUUAGUACCGUCCCAAUGACGCGUUCAUCUGAUAAAUAGCAAAUGUUUAACGAUGGGCCCAAGCUUGGAUCCAUAGGCCAACAUUAGAGCCAUUUCCCUUGCAUGAAAAGUGACGCGAGAUUGGUUCAAAAGAUCGUUCUUCCUUCCCGCAGUGAGCUACGUUUUAGUUGGACUCCCGUUAGUUGGGCUGUUGCCCACCUAAAUCGAAGUCCAACGUCAUUUCUGGUAGGGCUGAUUCCUUUGUGAGGGGAUCAUGAAUCUACAAUUAGGAUAGUUGCUAAACGAUUUUGACGAUGGUGUAUCCCUCAACCAAUUUUCAGCUCUAACAGGUCAGCACAACUAACGAAAGUCUUUCACUAAGUGGACGAUGGGUUUAGUCCAACGAGUGAAACUACCUUAUGGUGUCGUUAAUUUGCAUGUGUGGGCCUUUAUUCGCGAGAAAUAGACAAUGACUUUUUAAAAUGUAUUUUCCUCUGAUUUCCACUAUCUAGCUGCUUUCAUAUUUUAGCAUGAUAGAUGAAUGGUUAAUUGUUUUCUCUAUACCUGAUUUGUCUCAUUCAUAGUAGUGUGCGCAAAGGAGAAGUCAAAUACUCUAUAUCCGAUUCAAAAUAAAAUUUCCAGUGGUGCCAGAUUUGAAGAACUUUUAGAAGAGUCAUCAGAUAUUCGAUUUGAAUAAAUCCUGAUUCUACUUAAUCAAAAUUUAAAAAAAGCAUACAACGACAUUACAAACACGAAGCCACGAUCAAGUCCUACUUCUUCCUUUAUUGGUAUUGGCGCUCCUACAUGAGCUUAGAUGCCUACUCUAACAUAAUGUUAUUUGAAGCACUUCCAAAGUUGUUAAUUUACAGUUUACUCUAUGUCCAGGGAAGUCAAAUAAAUAUCCAGACCAAAAGAUUUUCUAGACACGAUUGGGAAUCAAACUCGCCGGCUCCGGUUUAGAUAUACCGUGCAUUAUCUGAGGCUCCUAUGUAACGACUAAUUGAUCUCCAAAACCCAACGUAAAUCGCAAAUGAAAGAGGAAACCAAUGUUGAUAAACCGAUAGUUUAAAAAAAAGUCAACUUGUCCUGCAGUGGGUUGAACCUCCAUGGCUUUUCCUUCAUGGGAUAGAUAUUCCAUUCCAGAUCAGAUCGCCGAUCCCGCUUCAGCUACCAUUCCGCAAUCAGUUCGCUUGGAUUCGGGUUUGCCCCCUCCCAUUUGGUUUUCGAUUCUCACGUAUUUCUUGUGUAAAUAUUGCAGCAUAGAUUAUCCCAUUUUGCAGACAUUGAAGAUAAAGCAUACACAAUAAUUUAGUUAAAAUCUAUUUCUUGUAAAUCUUAUCCAAUUGAUUUGAUCCCACCAUGUGCUCUUGUCUAAGUAUUUUUUUAUACUUUGGUAAUUUAUCGUUUUCAAUUUCUUAAGAAAAAAAAAAACAAAAUUUAACAAAAAAUAUAAACAAAGGAUAAAACAAAACACUGUAGAUAUAACGAAUAAGAAGAAAAGCUGAAUGUGAUUAAAAAGUAAUGGAAUACAAAUUCCGCAACCAGUCGGAAGUUUUCUGCGACAUUUAAGAGUAAAGUUGAAGAGGAAAAGAAAAAAAAUAAAACAACAAAGAAGGGUGGUCAUAAUCAACUCAUAAGCAAACACACACACAUAAAAAGAAAAAAAAAUACACACACACACACACACACUCACACAUAUGCAAGUAACUUUUAGUUGCUAUGUGUUAGUACACUUUUUAAUAAUACUAGGAUUUAAGUGAACAGUCUGAGGGAGGAACGAACUGAGAAAGCAGUUGUCAUAUUUUCUUUUAGUAGGUGUGAUGCAAGCGACCGAGCGAGUGAGCGAGAAGGAAAUUAAAUGCGUAACAUAACUAUAUACAUAUAUUAUUGUGGUUAUAAUAGUUGUGUAGUAGUACUAUUUUAUCGAAAAACAUCAAUCAAAAAAAAAAUAACCCUAUUGAAAUAAUGCAAGACGUCAGGCGUCAGGGAGGCAGAAAGCAGCAGGAACUCUCUCUCACUCAUGAAAAACAAGAUAAGCGAGUCAGCGAGCUCAGUGUGGUCUGUAAGGCGUGAGGACAAAGAGAAAAAAAAAAAAGUUGACGGACGCGGGAAAUCUAAACUAUUGUGAUUUGUAGAUCUCUCAAAUGAACAAAACAAAACAGAAAUGAUAACUUGGGUUUUUGUCAGCAAACAAUAUCAGGGAAAUGUUUGUUUUCGUUCUCGUUUUUGUAAGAAAAUAAUCAAAACAUGUUUAAGUAUGGACUACAAUAAAACACUGCAGGCAAAAAUGCACAGAAACGAUGAGCGGUGGCUCAAAGACGCAACAAGUGGAAUCCGGAAUGAAUACACUGAAAUAGUAGCAAAAAUAGUUGAUAACUGUAUCCAAUUAAUGAGCAUCAAUUAACGAUAAGUGAACCGAUCGUAUCGCAGGUCGAGAGCAGUGUCAGUAGCAAUUUCAUAGCUUUUCAUCAAUUAUUUAAGUCAAUAGUUGAGAGUAAGUCGAAGUGGCGGAUCCAUGUAAUAAGUGAAUGUUAUUUUUGUAAAGCAAACUACAACAGCUGGUUUUUUUUUUCACUAAGCAUCAUUUAAGCGAGAGGACAGUUAUUUUCGACAGUGUUUAUUUUCUUCAACGAUGGAAAAAGCAAAAAAUCUCAGGAUUAAAUUCAAAAUACAAUUAAUAGUAAAUAAAACGUGAUUGUUAAGCGAUUUAUUACUCAAAUCAAAGUGGUUUAUUUUACUACGAAUCAGCAAAAAGAAA